AGCCUAUACUGGCUUAAUAUAUACUUAAUAUAGUUUGAUAAAAAUUUGAAAAAAAUCAUCAGUAAAACUAAAAUGGAUGAAGGGUUAGCAGAUAAGCAUGAAGACCAAAAUGGAGAAAGUCAAGACAAGUGGACUGAGGUUGUGGACCCUGAUGGAGAAGAUCCAGGCCAGCAGGAUACAAGAGAACCGUCUGAUAUUGUUGUUGUUGGGACACACGACAAGAACAAUGAAGAACCUCCAAGUCCUAAUGAAGAGAGCAGAGAGACCUUUAGCACGUCCAUGAUGGAGGACACCAGCAAACACAACAUGGACCUUGUCCAAGAGCUCCUGGAAGAGGAGGACAAGGUGAGCCAGCACAACAUGCUGCUGCAGGCCAAGCUGGCCUUUUACUUCAGCAAGAAGACCCCCGAGCAAGAAGACCCCCAGGUGUGCACGCAGGACUACGACAGAUGCGUUAACCUCCUGGAGGACUGGAGGAGACAGCACGCCGCCCAGCUGGUUAGCGCACAGCAACAGGAGGUUGAGCUGAGGCUGCACUGCCAAAGGGAGCAGGACAAGGUGGAGGACGAGUGGCGAGCGUUGUUGGCGCUUAAGAAGAAGCUGGCGGUGCCGUUGGUGAGUCGACGUUUGGGCCAAGAGGCGGCGCAGGCCAGAGUGGAAGCCACCCUGGAGUCUGAGCGUCUCGUUCGUGAGGAACUGAGGAGCCUCCGUGUGAAGCACGGCAGCCUGAAGAGCGCCGUGCGGCGUCUGGAGGCGGAGCUCCGUGACGAAGAGGAGGAGCAGGCCGGGGAUCAUCUCCAGCUCCGGUUUGAGCAGCUGCUGGCCGACAAGAUGCAACAGAGAAAAGUCUUUGAGCAGAGGAGCCAAGAAGCCUUCAAGCUCCACAAGAAGAUGAAGCGGACCCUGGAGCUGCUGUCCAGCGCCAAGGAGAAGCUGCACCGGAGUCGCACGGAGGUCCUGAGCAAGCGCGAGCAGCUGGCCCAGCUGGACGCCACCAUGGCCGCCAAGAGGGACCUGCUGGCCAGGACCAAACGGGCCUGCAGCCGCCUGCAGAGGCACAACAUGGACCUGGAGCACGAUGCUGGACUGCUGGGACACAGGAUGCUGCUGCGGGACUUUGGGAUCACUGCAUGCGCCUCAAAGCUGCUGCAAGACAAAGUGGACAGACUCAAAAGUCGCUUGGAAGAAAUGCUUUCAACGAAAACAUCAAUAGCAUGACGUGGUUUCAGUUGUUGGAGCCAUCAUUCACGUGAUUAUUGUAACAUUUCAUUGAUAUAAUUUCCCGGGCGUGGCCACCGCUGCUGCCCACUGCUCCCCUCACCUCCCAGGGGGUGGAACAAGGGGAUGGGUCAAAUGCAGAGGACAAAUUUCACCACACCUAGUGUGUGUGACAAUCAUUGGUACUUUAUAUAAUUGUGUGUAAGAAUUCAUAAUGAUGUAUAUCACCAGUCAUAUUUUUCUUUAUAACAAUUUAUACAUAUUAACUAGAUGCAUGGACAGAUAAUUGUACUUGAUUAGACAUCCUAAAUUAAAAUUUGUCCAUCUAGAAAUUAGCAGGACUUUUAAGACAGAAAAAAGUAUUCAAUUCUGAGAACAAACAUUAUUCAACUAGCAAGUCUUAAAUUAAGCAUAAUUGAGAUGUUGCAGAAUCUUUAAACAUUUUCCAUGUGGGGAAAACUAUUAUUGGAAGAGUUAUUUUCUCAAUUUUAACAUUUGUAAACUAGAACACAAAAAAUAUUUGUGCUAAAAUUAAGAUUAGUCAAUGACUAAAAAUAAGCAAAUAGCUCUUAAAACUGGGGAAAUUUCUGGAUAUAAAAUGUAAAAUCUUUGAAAAAAGAAAAAAGGAUUUGCAGUGCUCAACUGUAGGCUACAAAGUGGAAGGUGAGCAACCUGUCAUGUUGCUUGUUAGCCAGCAGGUGGCAGCAUUGUCAAUUGAAGCAAAUGUUAGGUAAGUUCAGCACCAGCCCAGUAAUACAAUGAUGUAAGUCCGUGUUGCUUUUUGACAUUUGGUUUUUGGGAUGAAACGAAAGCCUUUUGUCAAGUAUGUUGGUCACAUGACCAACAAACAAAAUAAAAUACCCAAAUUUAAAAAAAUCCUAAUUUCAGGGGAUAUUUUAUUCACAACUCUUUUUAAAAUGUCAUGUUCCAAAUUAUAAAG